AUGGGGUCGCAGCAAGACCGCGCCGUCAUCAUCGGCAUCUCCGGCCCCUCGUCCAGCGGCAAGACCACCCUCGCGAGACUAUUGCAGCGUGUCUUUUGCGGUGUGAGACUGGAGACCAAUGGAUCCGAUGCCAGUCAAGACAGGAAUAAAGACGUCACUGCAAAUAACGAGGAUGCUUCCGCGAAGCGUCUGAAUACGUUCAUCGUUCACGAAGAUGACUUCUACUACCCGGAUGAUAAAAUCCCAUGGACAACCACACCCUCCGGCGCAAAGGUCCAAGACUGGGACACCGCCGACGCAAUCGACAUCGACUUCCUAGCGCAAGCGCUCGCAUACGUGCGUUCCAACGGACACCUCCCUCCACGGCUCCAAAGCAAAGAGGACCAGAACGCUGUCACAGAUUCCGGGGUGGACGAUGCGGUCAUUGCGGAACUGAGAGAUGAAGUGGAGAAGAGGAUAUCAUCCAAACUAAAAUCAACAACUGCAACCACGGAAAAUCAUGAACAGGGACAGGGACAUAAAGCAAAAACAACAAUAGCCUUCCUCGAGGGAUUCCUCCUCUUCAGUCCCCCGCACCCAUCACAGCCACCAUCCCAGCAAAAGGGCGGCAGCGACAAAGCACACACCCUCCACCCAGUCCACUCAAACAUCCAUCUUCCCCUCUUCCUGCCCUGUUCCUACAACGUCGUCAAGACAAGACGCGAGGGGAGAUCGGGAUACGUGACGAUCGGACCAGGGCCCGAGCCGCCCGCGAACGAAGAUCCAACUCUUUCAAGCACCGGUGCAAAUACAAACACAGGUUCCGCCGAAGUCUCCGAGACAGACAAAAUGCACCAGAACAUGGAGUCACGAUCGCAUAUGCCCCUCUCGGCGGUGGGAGGGGCGCAAGGCACCGACGCGGAUGCCAAUGCCACAGUCCCCAAUAACGACAACAAGAAGGGACUCGAAAAGCCGGCAAUUGAUCUAAACAGCCCCGACGACCGCCCACCACAGAACUUCUGGACCGACCCGCCGGGCUACGUGGAUGAUGUAGUCUGGCCGCGGUAUGUAGAGGAUCACGCGUGGUUGCUUCUUCCGGAAGAGGAGUAUAGAUCUUAUAUGUCUCAGUCUCAAUCUCAUGAGACAGAGAAAAUGACGACGGCGGAGUUGAUUGCACGGGUUGGGGAUGGAUCUGCCAUCAGGACGGAUGUUGGGGUUGAGGUUUGCCCCGGUUUGGGGGAAUUGCCUAUGUCUGACGUUGUGAGGUGGGCUGUGGAUAAGGUGCUGGCUUAUUACGAGGCGUGA